AUGAUGUCCACGGUAGCGGGCGCAUCCGGUCGCGUUUACAGGCAAGGCGAAGUGCUUCGGCGCGACCCCGCGGACGACAAACUCAGCAUCUUCAAGGCCGAGUCUGACAAUAAGCCGUUUGUCUUCAAGCGCGUAUCUCGACCAUUCUACAAUCUGUCCCAGCGUCUCGCGACCGAGUUCGCAGGCUCCCGUCACCUUCGAAUGCAUGUCGAUUGCAAUCAAGAAGAAGCCAUCCUAGUCUACCCCUAUUUUCGGGACACCCUGCUUGGCUUGAUAAAAAAUGACUCGGAGUUCCUCGUGGAUGAACGGAAAAAGAUACUCCGCCGUGUUGCAGAGGCGAUCCAAGAACUUCACAGCAAAGACUGGAUCCAUAUUGAUGUGAAACCUGACAACGUUUUGGUCAAUUGGACUUGCGACAGGGAAGGCAACAAAAUAGUUACCGAUGUGGCCCUCAGCGAUUUUGAUAUUGCGUUCAAGUCCGAAAAUGGGCAGCCCCGACAGACUCCUUAUGCGAUUGGGAAUGCCAUGUGGCGAAGCCCAGAGGGACAAACCGGGAGGGGCGUGACAAAGGCGUCGGACAUCUUCUCGUUCGGGCUCGUAUGCAUAUAUACCCUUGGCGGCGCCGAGCUCCUCCUGAUCGACGAUUACCAGGACCUGGUAAAAAGCGGUAUAACCCCGGAGCAAGAAAUACUCACGCGACACUUUUCUUAUUUCGGGCCUGUCAACGAAGGCCUCCUUCAGCAAGUCAACGAUGAGGACUGGCGUGUCGCUUUGACGGGAGCAUCAAGAAUGGCCGACAUGGCAGUGAAGGAACGGCCCGAGAUGAGAUUCGAGCUGUGGGGGGAAAGUCUCGGUCCCCAGGCACAAGACAUGAUCUCACGAGUCACAAACAUGGACCCGUCGGCCAGACCGACGAUCGGCCAAGCCUUGGCCCAUCCGUGGUGGCAAGAGGAUGACUAG